UUCUCCACCAAUCCAAUACCACACUUUUUUUCUCUCUCCACAAUUUCUCUCUGUAGAAAACUUAUCCCGACCUUGACUAUAUAUAUCCUCGUCCAUUUUCUUUCCUUCCAACACCUUACCCUCUUUCUUUCUAUCUCUCCCCACUACAUAAAUCCCUUGCUCUUGUCUCCCUAAGCAAUCCUUCACCUCCACACAUCAACUCUUAUCUCUCUCUCUCUCUCUCUCUCUCUCUCUCUCUCUCACACACACACACACAAAAGUCCUCCAUUUCCUAUCCCUAAUAACUUUUCCUUAUCACCCAACAACCCAACACCUACCAUUUUAUUUUUUCUAUCCAAUUUCCUUCCACUAGGAGCCUCAAACCCCGCUAUAUAGGUCCUUUAUGGUCUACCACUAUAUUCCUAUCUCAGUCCUGGAUUUGUAACAUCUAUCAACCAAACACACGGAUAUCUCUUAUUUCUCUUUUCAUUAAUGGAAGAAGAGUGCAACGGAAAUAAAAGCAAGAAACGAGUCCGAGAGUAUUUGGACUUGCACCCGGACUCGCCCGAGUCAAAACGGGUUCGAGAUGAGUUGGAUGUCAACUCGUCCGAGUCAAAGGUGCUUAACUCGGACAAACUGGAUAUUAAAUCGGCCGAGUCAGAGCUAGACUCGGUCCUUAACUUGCCCAAGGCAAACAAUUUCAGAAAUGACAUCUUAUACAUCCUUGACGACGACCCGGACAAUGACUCGGCGAUUCAAGAUCUCGACUCAGUCAUCAAGAGCUUCGAAGAAGAGAUCCACCACCAAACCCCACCUGCACCGGAAACAGAAUCCGGCAAGCCUCAGCCGGAGCUCGGGUACCUUCUGGAAGCCUCCGACGACGAGCUGGGUCUGCCGCCGGCUAUCUCUCCCUCCGGCAAACAACCGCCGAACAAAGAAACGAUGAAUUCUGCAAUGAUUGUGCCCGAGGCUGUUCCAUUGGCAGAUAUGUUGGGGUACGACGAUGAGAUUCCGAGUUACGACUCGUUAGAGUUGGAAAUCGAUGAAGGAACUGAAUCCAACAAUGGAAUGGAGGACUUCGUGGCUUUGGAUAGCUUGUUUGAUUACUCGGAUCCGUCUGAGUUUUCAUGGAAGACCGAAUCGUUGCCUGCUCUAUAGAGAAGGGCAUAAACACAGAUACAAAAGGUGUCGGAGUGGUUUGGCGUGGCCGGCGUUUUUGCCGGUGGCCAUGUACCGGAAACCAUGAUUGGUAAAGUAGGUUGUGAGUUUGGAGAACGGGCAAAAAAAAAGGAAAAUAGAGAAAAAUUGUGAAGAAAUACUGGAAUAGAGUAGGUAGUUUGUUUUGUGUGAGAAAAUAGAAAUUUGUUUUAAUUUUCCGGGUGAAAUGGAUGCAAAAUGAAAAGUUUGUAUGUGAAUAUUCAAUAUUGGACCGAG